CUUUGGUCAAACCAACAUGGUGGCACCCUGCAGGCAAUGUGAAUGUAAACAGCGGCUCACCUCUGGGACAUUAAACACUUUAAUAGAACUUAUAUUUAUAUAAAAAUGGCUCUCAGAGUGUGCGCGCGAGUCUUCAAAGGCUCCGCCCUCCUUUCAGCACGAGCCGUGGUUUCCGCGCGACACGAAAGUGCGUCAUGGAUUCUAACGGCAGGAAAUGCCGCCUGCGUCCGAGGAAGAGGGACGGGAUUCAACUUGACUCCUGCUUGUUUUAUAUCUUCAGAGGUUCUUCUCAACAGAUUGAUGAAAGGCAAAGCAGUGGAAGAAGACGGCAGCAUCCAUCGACAACCAGCCUCAGUUCCACCGGACAGCAGUGAGCAGUUUUCUUUGUUGCUGAGAGGUCCGGAUCAGCCGGAGAACUCAAAGGUUUUGAAAGUGGCUAUUAUCGGAGCUCCGAACGCGGGGAAGUCCACCCUGUCCAAUCAGAUUCUUGGCAGGAAGGUGUUUGCAGUGUCCAAGAAAGUCCACACCACGCGCUCCCGAGCCCUCGGCGUCCUGACGGAGGACGACACACAGAUAAUUUUACUCGACACUCCUGGUCUCACAACUGCAUCGAAAGUCAAAAGACACCAGUUAGAGAACUCUCUGCUCGUAGAUCCCUGGACGACAGUCAAAGAAGCCGAUCUGGUGGUCGUCAUGGUGGACGUGGCCGACAGAUGGAUGUGCCUCAAGCUGGACUUCGAGGUGCUCAGAUGUCUUGCUCAGCACCCUGACAUCCCUGCGAUCCUGGUCCUCAAUAAGGUGGACCUGCUUAAGACCAAGGAUCGGCUACUGGAUAUCACAGCAGAGCUGACGUGUGGAAUCGUUAACGGACGUAAAUUGCGCGUCAGGCCGGUGAUAAAGCCUCCGUGGGCUGAGAAGAGGCUGCAGAGGGACUCUGAGUCCUCGCUGGAAGAGGAAAAGUCAGAGCCCGAGGGCGGCGGCGUGCUGAGCAAAGAGCAGCUGAAGGUGCUGAGGGGUCAGCGGGGCUGGCCUCACUUCAAAGACGUCUUCAUGACGUCGUCGGUGGACAGAGAGGACGUGGACACGCUGAAGAGUUACUUCCUGGUUGCAGCGAAGCCGGGCUCGUGGCCGUACCACAGCGAGGUCCUGACUGACCAGAGCCCCGAGCAGCUCUGCACCAACAUCAUCCGAGAGAAGCUUCUGGAGUAUCUGCCGCAGGAGGUGCCCUACUCAAUGACUCAGUCCUUUGAACUCUGGCAGGAUGGAGAAGAUGGCAACCUGGAUAUUUCUGUGAAACUGAACGUCAGGAAGGAAACACACAUGAAGAUGGUGAUCGGCGCAGGGGGUCAGGUGGUGGCUCAGAUGGCCCGAGAGGCGGGCGAGGACCUGAGCCGCGUCUUCCUCAGGGAAGUGAAGCUGAAGCUCUCGGUGAAGCUGAGGAAGUGAAGAAGAUGGAAGAAGGACUUUGAAAUGCAUAAACCUCUGAAGGGAUGAAGACGUGGAGAGAUGGAGGACGGACAUGAAGAGUCGAAGCAGGAGCAGUGACCUCCACAGACGAGAUGUUUCCUGGAAACGCCUCCUUCUUUUUGACUUUUUGACUUUAUCUGCAGCCUCCUUUCAUGCACACUCACACCUCGUUACAAAGACUCCUUAAGUGAGGAGGCAACAGAGGACAUGUUGAUGUCGUGGUGGAGAGAGAUUUAACUCGUCUUUAUCAGUCAAAUCGAGAAAUGACAGCAAUAAAAAACCCGGUUGAGGAAUGAAAUGAAUAAUUGGAGUUUAUUUGAGCAGUGAUGUAUUUUAGGCAUCAAAAUGACACAGACCGUCAUCAAACGCAUGUUUUGACAAGUUUGACAGUGUGUUCAUGGCUGGGGAGGUUUGGCGAGCUGUGAAAAGGCCGAUGGUUUAUCUUUGGCUCUCAGAGCUCUUUACUUGGCGGGCGUUUGGCGCCUGAUGGAACCUGCACAGUCAUGUUCACUCAAAUGUCCCUGAUGCCCCCCCCCCCCCGCCCCUGUUCCCUCCACUCCCACAUCACUUUAGCCUUCGCCACUGCCUUUGAAGUGUGGCCAUCUAUCCUCUGCUACUAUCACUUUUUGUUCCACUGCUUUCUUCUCCCCCUCCCCCUCGCCGCCUCCUCCUUCUGCUUUUUUGGCUCUUACAAAGCGGCGCUCUGCCCCCGAGGGCUGAGUCGUCUCCGUAAUGGACGGCAGAAUGGAGCACUAACCUGAUGCUAAAAUGGGUCAGAUAAUGGUGAUUGGAUUCCUUCCUGCUGCCUGUGAGUUAACUCCGUGGUUACUCUAUCCAGGGCAUCUUGAUGAAUAACCAGCUCGUGGCCUAAAGCGAGCUUGACAGAGGGAGGGAGGGGGGAGUGGGGGGGGGGGGGGGGGGGGAAGAACUCGUCUCACAGAAGCUGCGUCAGCCCCUCCAGCUCUCUGCGCCGGCUGCUUCUCAGUGAUUAGACGAGCCGGUUACGCAGCAGAGAUCACCACUUAGACAAGCCAACUGCUGCUUGCAAAUAUUCUAGACGAUGCACGUUAAAGUCGUCCGUCAGACCCGGACACACACUUCACAUGUUCACUCAAUAAAUGACACACUCGUUUGUUUGGGCGCCAUCAGCUUUAUUCAACAUUCAUCCACACGUACAUUGUUAAAACCGUGUCCUCCAGAAGCUCCUGAGUAUCCCAUGAAGCGACCUUUGUCAUCCUCGUGGUCACGAUGAGUUUGAGCGAGGGCCGUAUAACCCUUACCAUUACUGGAACUCAGUAAUGGUAACGGUUUGACGGCCCCCCUCUGCAAGUGUGUGCGGCGUUGUUGGUGUCAGCGCGUCUCUGUUGCUGAGGACGAAUGACCCCCUGGAUAGUACAUCAUCUAUACUGUAGUGUCUCUUUAAUGAACUUACAGUAUAAGAUGAUAUCCUGUCCAGGGCUCAAGAUGCAUCACGGCGCCCACACAGCGAGCUCCGACUGUGCUUUUAACCUGAGAGGAAACGGGAGGUCGACUCAUUAGCAACUUGAGACAAACGAGAGCGUUGAUCAAAAAGGGAAGGUGCUGCUUUGAAAAGAUUAUUUAAAAAAAACAACUUUAGUUUAGGGUGGACCAACCACAGAACACUCACCGUUACACGCCGCGUCGUCUCGCCUCUCGCUCACAUGUUCCAUCUCAUGUUCAUGUUUCACCACUGCUUGUUCACAGACGACUAUCUGCUCUGCACGCCGGGCUCCGGCACUUAAAGGCCCCCUGGCUCAUUAGCAUACUGUGAUGACAUCUGGGUUGACCAGACAGCGUUUAAAAGGGAGGGGGGUGGUGGGGGGGGGUCUUAUCUGGUCUUGACCUGGACCCCCACACCCUUAUCAUGCCGGGCUGGACUUGGAAGAGAAAUUAAAGUUUUUGUUGAUACUCAUUUAGAAGCAGAGGAGACUUUUUAAUCAGUUUCUUUUAUUCAUUAUUUGAACAUAAAGUUCCAUCGUCAGGUCGUUUCAGUGUCUACAGGUUUCUGUUUCAGGAGGUCAUUCAGCGUUAGAAUGAAAUGAACAAGUAUCAGGGACCCCUUAAAGAAUCUUUUCCCUCAAAUGUUGAGAUUAAAGUCGUAAAUUUGCGAUCUGAUAUUUUUAAAUCGAUUUAAAUCGGUCCAUGGUUGAAAUGAUUAUUCUUAAAGGUUGUAUCAGAAGAGAAGCUGUCCAAUGAUGAAAGGAAGGAGAACCCUCAAAGCCACAAAAAGAGACGAUUUCCUCCAAGUCAGAGUGGUUCUCUCUUCAGAAAAGCUCUGGUUUCUUUCAGUAUCUUUUAAGGGUCCUGAUACUUGUGACAACGUGAGGCUGAUGUGUCAAACGUAUGUGUAGUUUGAUAUCUACAGACAUAAAGCCCCGAUAUUUAGAGAUUUAUAAAGGCAUUUUCUGCCUUUAUUGGAGAGCGGAUAGAGUCGGAAUUUAGGGAGAGGGAGAGAGUGGGGAAUGACAUGCGGGAAAGGAGCCACAGGUCGGAUUCAAACCUCGGCCGCCCGCUUGGAGGACUACAGCCUCCAACUACUGCGCCACCAGCGCCCCAAAUUUAGAGAUUAAAGCAGUCCUUAUUAGUGAAAAUGUACUAAAGUAUAACGUAUUGUCGUACAGACAGCGGCUGCUCUCCUGAUUUAACUAUAGACGUAAAUACCGUCCUUAUUCUCGUAAAUUUUCGACGUUCAUCUCGAAAUCUCCGAUUGUUUCCCCCCUUAAAGGCAGGGUGGGUAAUUUCCUCCAGAUCCACUUUUUCAGAUAUUAGUUGAAGUUGUCUUUAGGUCCUGACAGACAUUAAUAACUCAUGUUCUCUGAAAAAGGAACAAAGAAAAUCUGUCAUCUGUAUCAGUUGUAAGCCUGUAAGAACUUAGACCAAUGUCUGCCACGAUGUACCAAUCUGAUGAACCAAUCAGGCGCCUCCCUGUCUCCCUGCUCGUUCUCUACCCCAUGCGUCCACGAGCCCGUGUAUUAUUAAGUUUAGUGUUUACUUAGGGCGCUCGUUCAUGUCUGUGAGCGGCGUGGCUUUUAAGGGCGCACAGAGGGGAGGGGGUGGGUGUAGACGGUGCACUGAGGGAAUGCUACUUUCAAAAUCAUGCUAGUUUUUCUCAAAUUACCAACCCUGCCUUUAAUGUGGCCCUAAUACUCCUUUGUAUAAACUGGAUAAAUCACAAACAUGAAAUGAGGUAACACUUUAAAUUAAGGUCACAAUCUUUACUACUAACUAGCUGCUUAUUAGCAUGCUAGUUAGCAGCACACAGGCUAAACGCCCGCCUUUAUUUUACAUGACCAUGACUGUAGCUAGUCUAUAGCAUUAACUAAGAGCUUUCCCUCCUGAUUACUGCUCAUUGAUAGUCAGUCAGGAAGUUGUUGAACAUGAAUUAUGAUCUUAUUGGCUGUUUGUUUUGAUGAUGAUAUACCACAUUGUGAUUCAGAUGGAGAAUAUAAACGGUUGAUGGUAAA